CCUUACGCGACCAAUAUACCGUGUCCAUUUUUUUGUGUUUGACCGACCACCCUAAAAAAAUCCUCUGGAUUCUAGUAACUUGCUUAUCCUUUCCAAUUUCUAUUUCAACAUAUAAAAAGGGGUCCAUCAUUGUUCCAAUCACAAAACAAUUCGAUCUGGGGAGGUUAUUAAUUGAUCACCAGCUCCUUUUGAACUUUGAACUCGAGUUUGAUUUCUUACUCGACAUCACUGCAAAGCGAACAACGUUUCAUUGAAAUGUCCAGUUGAAUUUCCAAUCUAUUAAAGCUUCGAAGUAUAUUGGUUUUGGUUGGUGGGUUACUAGUGAAAAAGUUGGAUCCAUUGAUUCCAACUUUUCCCCUAACUCUUUGAUCUUCGCAUUUAGAGGAAGCGCGAAGUGUAAUUUACGUUUUUCCAAGUUGGAUCUGCUUCGUUUGUGAUAGCUUUAAUCAGGUACACACAUUUUUCUGGUAUAUAUCUUUAAAAGGGAUUGGUAAUCGUACUCCUGGGUUAUUCAUCGGUUGAUUACAAUCGAGUAUUUUUCAAAUUGAAAAAAAAUAAUAACAAAUUCUCGGUUUAGUUCAUCAGAAUUCUGUUUCUGGGUUUUCACUUGUUCAUUUCGAGCACUUUGUCGAUUAAUUCCAAUUGGUUAUACAAAAAAUUCUUAAUGUUUUUUUGGGGGAUUUUGAGCUGUCGAUUUCAACCUCACUGUCGCUUAACUGUAAUUGGUACCUUCAAAAUUGAACACAAUACUGUCGACUUAUUUCAAGCGAAUUGUGUACGUAAGGUUUUCAAUUGUUGAUUUCAAGAACUUAUCGCUUAAAACUACAACUGGGUGAAAUUGUGUUUCCCAAACGAUCUACAACGGAUUCCUCAAUCAAUAACCGCGUGUUUGUUUCGUUUGCUGGUCUGGAGUGCAUAUUAGGCAUCAUCAGGGCCCUGAGGAUGGGGUCCUGCUUUUCUGUAGAAAGCAGGAGCCCUAUCCCAAAUUCUCCAACUCCAACUCUUGGGAUUAAAAAGAAAAAGAAUUCAAAAAAAAGGCCACCUGGAUUAAGGAGUUCUUCAUUUGAUCAUAGAAGGGAAGAACAACUCCAUAGAGUUGCAGGUAGAAUGUGCUUAAAUGGUUCUAGUCAAGUUGCUUCUCUUUUCACUCAACAAGGCAAGAAAGGAACCAAUCAAGAUGCCAUGAUUGUUUGGGAGAAUUUUGGGUCAAGAACAGACACGGUGUUUUGUGGUGUAUUUGAUGGACAUGGGCCAUUAGGUCAUAAGGUUGCUAAGAGGGUGAGAGAUUCACUUCCAUUAAAGCUAAGUGCACAUUGGGAAGUUAACCUUAAAGAUAGCAAUGAUGUUCUUAAAGAGAUCAUCAUGGGAAGCCUCAACUCUGAAGGGACAUCCAUUAAUUCACCUUCACCCUUUGAAGAAACCGAUAAGAACCCUGAAAUCUUUCAAACCCUAAAGGAAUCAUUUUUGAAGGCGUUCAAAGUGAUGGAUAGAGAGUUGAGUAUGUAUGCAAAUAUUGAUUGCUUUUGCAGUGGGACAACCGCAGUCACGUUGAUCAAACAGGGUCAACAUCUUAUAAUAGGAAAUAUUGGGGACUCAAGAGCUGUAUUAUGUACAAGGGACAAAAACGACUCUCGUGUUGCAGUUCAAUUGACAGUGGAUCUAAAACCAAAUCUUCCAGCGGAAGCGGAGCGUAUCCGUAAAUGUAAGGGUCGUGUGUUCGCCUUGAAGGAUGAACCCGAAGUGGCUAGGGUUUGGCUACCUAACCAUGACUCACCAGGGUUAGCCAUGGCUCGUGCUUUUGGUGAUUUUUGUCUUAAAGAUUUUGGUCUCAUUUCAGUCCCUGAAGUCUCAUAUAGACGCUUAACCGAUAAAGACGAAUUCAUUGUCUUGGCAACAGAUGGGAUUUGGGAUGUGCUUACAAAUGAAGAAGUGAUUGAAAUUGUGGCAUCAACCGAUGCACCUUCUCAAGCGGCUCAAGCCGUGGUGGAGUCAGCGGUUCGAGCCUGGCGGCAAAAGUAUCCGACUUCCAAAGUCGAUGACUGCGCGGUUGUUUGUCUUUUUCUCGGAUUGGACACAUCAGCAACAAAGCGGGACCCGGGGAAAAACGUGGAGGAAGAAGAGUCAUCAUCCACAAUGAAUAUGGAAACGGGAAAAGACUGGUCUGCCCUUGAAGGGGUGUCUCGUUUGAACACAUUACUAACCUUGCCAAGGUUCGAUGAAGAAAACCGUGAACCGGGGGACAAUGGGAAGAUUUAAGUGUGGGUAUUAUCGUCAUUUUGCGUUUUUGUCCAUGUUUUUGUUUUUCAAGAUUGUAAAGGUUUCAACAACAAACAAAAAACAGCCUCGUAAGGUGUGGUCUGGUUAUUGAAGAACCCCGGCUGUUUUAGAGGGUUGGGGAUAUUGUUUAUUUUUGUUCUCUUUCGGGAGGGUAGAAUGGGAAUUUUGUGAAACCAAAUCUUGUCUUUUUUUUUUUGUUGUUGUUUCAGGAUUGUGUGAAUUGUCAAUUAAAUGUUAUGUUGAUUAAAUUUUAUAGUUAUAUCAUCAAUGUUAUAUCAAAAUCUACAUGAAUAGUGUG